AUGUCUGUCCUGCAGAUGGUCAGUCUCCUGAUGAUUGGCAUCGCGGCGUGGGGAAAGUGGUUUGGUCUGGUCUCCAGUUUCCAGGUGGUGGGAGGCAUCAUUGGUGUGGGUGUCUUUCUCUUCUUCGUGGCGCUGGCUGGCCUCAUCGGGGCAAUGAAGCAUCACCAAGUCCUGCUCUUCUUUGUAUCCUUCACAAACUCAAGCUAUGACUCUUCUUUCUGUACUUUCAUUCACAACUUCUAUAAAAUGACAUUCAGCUUCAUGUUCCUUCUAACACUGCUCAAGGAUCACCUGCUGGAGGUGGGCUGGAACAACUCUGAGAGCACCCAGAGAGAUGUGGAGAAGAGCCUCAACUGCUGCGGCUUCAAACAUGUCGACCCUAACAGCAUGUGUGAGGCUGUGAGUUUGGAUCAAGUCUUUUCCAAGUGUUCCCCGUUACAUGUCACAUAUCUGAGUUUGUGCAAACAGGCUGAUGAUGGUUCUGUUUUUUAAUGCACAAUAAAAUUGAACACAUCACAAAUUUUCAAGUAAAUAUAUUUCUAAAGUUUAGGUUGACAUGAAAUUCUCACCAUAUGUUGAUAACAACCCACCCACCUCACACACAACGAAA